GGUUUUAAAGUACCAGCAGACCGCAGGUCGCCUUUGGGGUCAGUUGUCCUUUAUAUUUUUUCAUUUUUUCUUUGCAACGAGGUUCGCCCGGUUUCAAUUUUUCAUAAUUCAUUUUUUUUAACCUUUUUUCCCUUUUGCUAUUUUGCAAAACUCUCAUAAAAUUUGCGAUUUAAUUUGACUUGAAUAAAAACUGGAUCAUAAAUCAUAAUCAUCUUGUUAUAAAGAUUAUAAAUUUAUCUUCAUCGUGAAAAGAAUUUUCUGGAUUUAAUUAAUUUGAUUCGAAUAUCGGACGAAUUUUCUAACACACUUGCCACGUUUAAGUUAUUUGCAUAACUAUUGAGUGUACCAAGCCGGAUUUUGCAAAAGGUCAAAAGUUCAUCAAUCGUACUCGCCGCUCUUUUCGCUUAAAAAAGGGAGUAAUUAAUAAAAUUAAAUGGGAAAAUUUAUCAGAGCCUGCGGUCAAAUAUUCAUAGCAUAAAUGUCACACGUGUUUCUAUUUUAUUUUAAAAAGUAUAUUAUAAAAAUCACGCGCGUCCUUGAACUCUGAUAUAUUUGAUUAUUUUUUUUUCUCGUGUGUAUUUUGGAGCUGAAAAUGAUAAAAGCGCGUCGUGUGCACAAUUUAAUCAUAUUCGCAAAAUGAGAGGCACAAAAUCUAGAGAGAUGCUCCGUUUUUUGUUGAUUUUCGUGGGCCUCGUCACCACAAUUUUGGCCAACAACCCUCAGCAAAUCGACACAUCAUCCAAGAUCCUGGAAGAGCUGACGAAGAAUGCCAAUGAGACAAGUGAGAAGCUGAACCGGUUGACUAAACUCGUCUACGAUCAGGAAAAGACUCUGAAAAGUUUUGAUCAAAAGCUGAAUGAUUUGGCCAAGCAGACUAAUAAACAGUUUGAAGACGUGAAUUCCUUCGUUAGGUGUGCCCCUGAUAGUUUGUUGACGGCGCUGCCCAACGGCAAGAAGUACUUGUUUUCUCACUCGUCUUCCGUGGAGUGGAAGGAGGCGAACGAGACUUGCACAAAGCAAGGCCUCCUCUUGGCCACGAUCAAGGACGAAGACGACGCAUCCGUGAUCGCUUCAGUCGGCAGAAGAAUCAGUCCUCAUCGUGGUUGGUGGGUUUCGGCGAAAAACUCUGGAGGCGAGAAGAAGGAUUUCCGGUGGCGCGACGGAAGCAAACUGGAGCUGGACAGCCCGUUGUGGGCACGCGACGUGGACAAGGCGGACGACUGCGUCCGCAUCCACAACAAGCUGGACAGUCUCCCUUGCGACUCGCAUUGGUACUUCAUCUGCGAACUGCCAACCGAGUGUUACUGAAUUGCAAAUCAAUUUUUACUUGCGAACAAACAACUUCAACAACUUAAUAAUAUGUGAACAAAUAAAAUUGAU